AGACAUACCAUACAGUUAUAGACACGAAACCUUGAAUUUGAUUCAUUUUGACAUAUCUUUCAAUAAAAUCUCAUAAAUUACACACAAAUAUAUAUGAAUUCGCAUUAAUUAUCUUUGAGUGAGAUUUCAAAAAUGGCUGAGAAAUCAGAGUUUGUGUCACUUGAAGACAGUCUCCAGAGGAAUGUUAGCUCACGAGAAGAACUCAAAGAAGUUAAACGACUUUUAUAUGGGAAGGAAUUGACCGAACUGAAGAUUCCUUCGGAAGCGUUGGAGAUAUCAAAGAAAAAGUCGUUUGAGAUUAAAGGGUAUGUCUUCAGCGCCCAAAGCGAACAAACCCGGAAACGACGAGUUGUCAGAAUAGGAGUCAUUCAGAAUAAGAUUGUUUUGCCCACAACUGCACCGGUAGUCGAGCAGAGGGAUGCCAUUCACAAACGAGUGGCUGAUAUGAUUAGUGCGGCCGCUCUUUGCGGCGUUAAUAUCAUCUGCUUUCAGGAGGCUUUCACGAUGCCCUUCGCGUUCUGCACCCGCGAGAGGUUGCCGUGGAUUGAGUUGGCGGAGAGCGCUGAGACCGGACCCACCACUACAUUCUUGCAAGAGAUCGCUAGAAUGAAUGAUAUGGUAAUAGUGUCACCAAUUCUGGAAAGGGAUGAAACUCAUGGCGAUAUCCUAUGGAAUACAGCAGUCGUUAUCUCAAACUCGGGUCAAGUAUUGGGAAAAUCGCGAAAGAAUCACAUCCCACGUGUUGGAGACUUUAAUGAGUCGACAUAUUACAUGGAAAGCAAUUUAGGACAUCCAGUGUUUGAAACGAAAUUUGGGAAAAUAGGAAUCAAUAUCUGUUACGGUAGACAUCACCCGCAGAAUUGGAUG